GGAAAAAGUAAAUGGAUUUCAUUUCCCUCUUUUUCCAUUUUUACCCAUUCACCUUUCCUUUGAUUUUUAUCACUCUAGAGUCUAGAAGGUGAGAGAGAGAUGUCUCGGUUUUCUUGUAAUAUGGACGAAAGAGAUGGGCAAUCUUGUCCUUAAAAAAUGGAUACUUGGGUUCUCUCUCCUCUCCUAUUAUCUGAUAUAUGAAAUCUAUCGCCGGUCUUCUCUGGGAUACACUCUUGGGCUUCUUCUAUUCUAGGGGUUGAUCAUUAAAUUUUGGAUCUUUCGAUUUCUCAUCAACGGAGUCGUCAAUGGAAGUGGAGGGUAUAAGAGCAAGAGGUACUGUGAGAUGGUUCGACAAUCAGAAAGGCUUUGGCUUUAUUUCUCCUGAAGAUGGCACUGAUGAUCUGUUUGUUCAUCAGUCAUCAAUCAAAUCAGAUGGGUUCAGAACUCUUCAAGAAGGACAGAUCGUUGAGUUUGCGGUAACAAUUGAUAACGAUCGUACCAAGGCCGUUGAUGUAACUGGCCCUGACGGAUCUUCACUCGAGGAAGGUCGACAGGAUGGAUACGGUGGUGGAAGAGGCGGGAGGGGUGGUUAUGGAUUCCGUAACAGCGGUGGAGGGGGAGGAGGGUAUGGAUCUAAUGGUGGUGGAUUUAGGAGUAGUGUGAGGAAUGGAGGAGGAGGAGGAGGCGGGUGUUAUACUUGUGGGGAAUCUGGUCACAUGGCUAGAGAUUGUGGGCGACAGGGGAGUGGUGGUGGUGGGGGUGGCGGUGGCGGAGGAGGUUCUGCUUGUUUCAAUUGUGGCGGUUCUGGGCAUCUUGCUAGGGAUUGCAAUCGCGGUCGGAGUAGCGGUGGUGGUGGUGGUGGUGGUGGUGCAUGCUACAGCUGUGGAGGGCAAGGGCACAUUGCGAGAGACUGUACUAGUGGUGGAGGCGGAGGUGGAGGUGGAGGUAAUUUCGGUAGAUAUGGAGGAGGAGGAAGAGGUGGUGGUGGUGGUGGUGGAACCAGCUGCUACAACUGUGGGGAACAGGGUCACUUCGCGAGGGAAUGUCCAAACAAUGCAUCUUGAUUGUUGGUUCUACUUUUGACUUGGCUGAUAAAUCAGAAGAAGAGAGAUCUUUUAUAAUGCAAUUUGAUAAUGUUGUUUUGGUUAAGUUUAUGGUAGAUAUGUUUUGUUUUUGGGGGGUUUUAUACUUUAGAAUCCUUACCUUAGAUAGCUGUUGCUGUUGCUUUGGAGUGAUCAGAAGAAGUUUUCCAUCUCAACUAUAUAGAUGGGGACCGGUUUAGUUAAUUGCUUAGUGUUUUUGAUUGGUGUUUUCCAGUGAUGGUGGUGGUGGAGUUGGAUAAUGAUGUUAAUUCUGUUCAAGUGUUUAUAUAUAUCAUUGGUCAAUUGGUCAUGCCACAAACUUAUUGAUUGUAAUUCUUGCCUAGUGGAUUGAGUUAAUAAGAACAAGUGUAAGCUCAAA